AUGGCCGUAUAUGUGGAUCGUCGAAUAGAAGCUCCUGACUCAGUUGCCUCCCCCUCUCACAUAUCGUGGCACCCGCUUCACCCGCUCCUGGCAGUCGCUUCCAUCAGCACAGCAUCCGGGGGCUGCGUGGAUGUCUAUCUGGAACAGGGAGAACACGUGGCUGAGGCGCAUGUGGAGAGAAGCUUUCGGGUCACGGCCCUCUCCUGGCAGCCCUCCCGGCUGGUUUUGGCAGCAGGCUGGGAGACUGGCGAGGUUGUGGUACUCAACAAACAGGACAGGGAGCAGCACGUUGUCCCUCCCACGCACAGUGCUGAAAUUACAGUCCUGAACUGGAGUACAAAUGGUACCCGUCUUGUGUCUGGUGAUAGGCAUGGGGUCUUGGUUCUGUGGAGAAUGGACCAGCGAGGUCGAGUGCAGGGUCCUCCGCUGCUGAAACACGAUUAUGGCAAACACAUUUCUCACUGUAUCUUUCGGCCACCUGCUCCUGGCGAGGACUUUGUGCAACUGGCCAAAGCAGCGGUGAGUGGCGAUGAGAAGGCUUUGGAUAUGUUUAACUGGAGAAAAGCUGGAACAGGGCCACCUUUGAAAAUGGGUCCACAGGAAGGACUGUCCUUCUUUAUCACUUUGACAGAUGGGUCUGUGCAUUAUGUGAAUGAGAAAGGGAAGACAAGUGAUAUGUUGUCCAUAGACAGUCCUAUCCAAAAGCUUCUGUUCAUGGAGAAAAGAGAUGUUUUAGUGAUAAUAACAGAGAACCUGCUGUUGUCCUUGCAUACAAUUACUCCCGAGGGAGAGGCAGAAGAGCUCAUGAGGGUGAAGUUGAGUGGCAAGAUGGGCCAUUCUGCAGACAUCAUUUUAAUAGACCAGUGUCUUAUUGUUACAGCAGUAGGUGAGACAGUCCUCAGGUUCUGGGAUUUGGAGCGAGGUGAGAACUAUGUGCUCGUCCCAGAUGUGCAAUUUGGCUUUGAGGCAGGAGAAUGCAUUAACUGUGUUUCUUACUGCAGUGCUAAAGGGCUUCUGGCAGCUGGCACCAGCAAAGGGCGCGUCGCGAUGUGGAAGAGAGCGACAGCGCCCGGCCGGAGCGCCGCGACGCUGGACGGCAGGGACGGCUGGAAGCUCCAGGCACCUACAGAGCUUGACGGAAAUAUCACUCAGAUACAGUGGGGCUCUAGGAGAAACCUUCUGGCCGUGAACAACAUCAGCUCGGUGGUGAUCCUCAGCGAGCAGGCCAUGUCCUCUCAUUUUAACCAGCAAGUGGCUGUGGUUCAGGUGUCUCCCAACCUGUUUAAUGUGACCUUCUUCAGCACAGGAGCCACGCAGAGUCUUCGUGUCGAUAUGAACGUGAAUGGAGUCUACACUACUAAGGAUGUUGUAGUAUUCUGGAAUGGGAAGCAAGUUUCUGUCUUUGAGUGCUCGGGUGUUACCUUAAGAAAUGCAGGCUCUUUCCUUUGCGACUCUCCAGUUUUGUGUGCGCAUGAAGAAAAUCUGUACACGGUUGAGCCCAAUCGGGUCCAGGUCCGCACCUGGCAGGGCACAGUCAAACAGCUGCUGGUGUUCUCCGAAGCUGAGGGCAAUCCCUGCCUCCUGGAUGUCUGUGGCAAUUUCCUCGCUGUGGGAACUGACUCUGCUCACUUCAAAAUCUUUGAUCUCUCUCGCAGAGAGGCAAAAGUGCACUGCCAGAGCAAGGAUUUCUGCGAGCUGUUUCCUGGCCUGGGAGGCCUUGCCUCUGUCAAGUGCAACGCUAACGGCAGCCAAGUCAGCAUCCUCGUGAACAAGGUGGAUGGGAACGUUGAUUCCAAGAUCUGUUUCUACGAUGUGGAAAUGGACAAAGUUACCCUCUUUGAUUUCAAAGCUCAGCAAGGAAACGGUAGAGAGAAACUUCCUUCUGGGCAAGACAUUAACAAGUAAGAAUCUUCUAUUUUGAAAAAAGAGCCUUGUGCCUUAAG